ACCAUAAAAAGAGGGUACAUGCAGCCGAGGACGAGAGGCGAGACACAGAGGGAGAGAGUGGGGAGGGAGGGGGGGGCUGCAUGGGCUGCUGCUGCUGCUGCUGCUGCAGGAGGACUCCAGGAGUGAUUGAGAAGAGAGCAAGAAGCGGCCGAGGGCACGAGGCCUGAGCUCAAAGCACGGAGCUGUCAGUGUCAGAAAUCGCUGCAUGCAAGCACAAUGUGGGUUUGGUGAUUCGAAAGCACGCAGAAUUUUAGAAGAAUUUCAAAUCUGUCCGGCCAGAAAAAGGAGACGGACGCGAAAUGCGCAAGGCCUUGAAGACAAUUUGGAAGGUUGACUGAGUGUGCUGCUGGCGAGCCUACCCGCGCUGAGUCUGCCUUCUCCCAAUCCUGGAGCCAUCAAAUCAAGUCCAUCCCUGACCUGAAUACACUGCACGCUCUGUCUGUCCGUCCGUCUUUCUUGGCCCCAUCUCCCACUUCUCUCUCUAUACCUCUCUCUCUCUCUCGGCUUUGAAUGGCAUGAAUAGGACUGACGUCCACUCCUGCGGUUGGUGGAGAAUCAAUGCACGCGUCACAACCGGCCUCGCUCUCGAGUUUAGCUCAUCUGAUUGAUGGUGAGUGGUACGAGCAAACAGAGCAUCAGCUCCUUACGAUUCAACGACCUUCAUUCUGUCUUGUGACAUUUCUUCUCCUGAUCGCCGCAGCCAGCCACACAGCCCGUGCUCCCAUUUCCCCCCACACUCACUGCGCUCCCCCGCAAGUCCAACAUCAAUGUUUGCACUUCCUUGUUCCGUCUGUCAGUGGGAUGAAGUCACAUCACGUACUAGCGACGAGUGAGCGAGAACCAAACUGCCCAUGAACCCAUUUCCUUCUGCAAGCGUCCACUCGGAGCUUCCUUUCCUGUCUGACGGCUUGAUAAGAGUCUGAUCACCUACCUCAUCACACUGCUGUUGUUGCUCAUGAAGUUGUUUGCGCAGAUUUAAGGCGCUGGCGCUCGGUUCGUCGUCGGCCUCAAGCUGGACCUGAGAAUCGGGAGCGAAGAGCUCGACCGAAGUGCCACGGAGCACCAUGAAGCUUGGCGGUCAGGGUUGCUUGAAGCUGAAUCAGGGGUGCCUGACAUUGACCAAUCAAGGUUGUCUACUCCCAUUGCUGCGAAGGCGAGUCUCUGCGAAAGGGAGACCUGUGCGGAUUAAUGGCGACGACGACGACGACGACGACUUGGAAGUGAAUCAGACCAUCGUGAUCACUCCCCAGAAAGAGCAGUCCGAGUCCGCGGCGCACAACAAACCUCCGCCUCCGACGAGGAUCAAUUUCAGGCAAGAGACGCCUUCGAACGUGGACUCCGAGACCACAGCUCGUCUGACUCUCGCCAAAUUCUUCGCAAUUCUGCGCGACGCGUAUGUGUGCACCAUGAUGUCGUUCGCCACCAAGGGAGGAUUGGGGGCUGUCACCAUGGGAGGCAAUAUCAACCUUCCCUCUUCUGUACCAGCACGCCCCGCCGUCAAGCCCGCCAUUAUGAGCAGCUGACGGCCGCCACUUCACCUGCGCUCAAUAUACUCACGGAGCUUCUUUGUAUUCGGCAUUCGCUUCGUAUAUAUUGUCCUCCAUCGUUCUCGAUUAUCGAUUCCUCACAGCUCACGGCUCGAUGUCCGCCCGCUUCGAGAUUUCGGACGUCUACACGUUCUCGACGUCGACAGCAGAGGCGGACGGGGUCGGAUCACUGAGAAACAAUGCGCCGAAUUUGUACACUAACUUCUCUCCACGAAGCUUGACAUGGAUUGAGAACACUCGUCACGAACGCAGUGACGAGCUUGUAGUCCGAGGGUUGACACGAUAAUAAGAUCGGCCCAAGUUGGCCUGGAUAAAUAUACUCAAUUGAUCAGCAUCCGGUUGCGGGGGCGAUCAUACCGCCGGCAGUCUCAGGGAUUUUUCGACAAGGAUCCGGAGAGGGCUCUGUGUGGAGAAAGCGUAAAUUUGGUUUCAGCAUGGAUUGAAGCUUCGGAAGGUGCGCUCCAGCAGACGCGAAUCGACGAAUCCAUCAUUGACUACCUCGGUAGCUUGAUGCAAGUGGACCGAUUCAAGAUGUGGGUUUAGACAAUCCUCGGAAUGGUUCUACUCGACCAUAGCUCACGAAUGGGCAGUCGUCUCUUCUGUAUUUAUAGAGUACGUAGAUUUUGGACCAUCCUGCUGACGCGCCUCUAUCGAGUGGUCUUCGUGCGCUUCACGUACCAGGGCCUCGUUUGGCAACGCUGACAAUGUUCCUGGAUCGGAGGUAGUGUCUUAAAAGCUCGAUUGUACUGCUUCAAAUUCGCUAUAUUUAUAAAUAAAAGAAGGAAGCAAUUCCGUAUUGUGC